AUUUCAUCAACCUUCUAGGUGCUGCGCAUUUUUGUGCCCCAUCCCGACAGCUGCGUCUCAGCACGGGGAGAAUCACAUCUUCAUCCGGCAAGGACAGCUCACCGACAGAGCCCAUCCUGGUUCUCCCCGGAGGCUCUGUUUCUACUUGCAGUGCUGCACCGUCAUCAUCGCCGAGGGCCCGGAGUCACAGGCAUCUCUCUGACGUUUCAGAUGAUAUGGUAACGGUUGAAACAGCCGGGCUAAACCACUUCCUGAUUAACCCUACCGACGAGAAGAAGAACUGCUGCGUGGCUGCUGGCUGGAGGAGGAGGCAGGGGAGAAAAACUGACACGUGGAUUACUCCUCCUAGGGCAUCAGGAAAAACAGACUGCCCCCUCUUCUAGCUCUGUUUCGAAUACGGCGAUCACCUCCUCUCUCUCUGUUAGUCCAGUUUUUACGGGUUAUGGAAUUCACUGUUGAGAUCCUAUGAUGUGAUUUCGCGCAUACUUUUACGAGAAGAUUUCCCCUUUUCACCCGAACGCUUACUUUUCUCGCUGAUCGACCGGAAAGAGAAGAAAGUGCAGUAUACCCGGAGUAUUGAGAAGAGGCUGCCGUCCGUCACCUCGCGUUGAAUGGCAGUUAUUCAAAAAUAUGGCAAGACCUAUAAUCCAGAUUUGGUCUGUCACAAGGACAACCAUCUGCCCGCCAAGAUCGUCCCUGGGUGUCAUAAGAAGUGGCCUGAACACAACACCAGCUGGUCAAGGCCUGUGGCAAGGAUAUGGACAGUGGUGCUGCUGUUGGGGACGUGCCUCCUGUACUGCGCCCGUGUGGCGAUGCCCAUCUGUGCCGUCAGCAUGGCAGAGCAGUUCGGCUGGAGCAAGAGGGAGUCCGGCAUGGUACUGGGCAGCUUCUUCUGGGGCUACUGCUUCACUCAGGUGUUCGGAGGCUACGUGAGUGACCGGGUGGGAGGUGAGAAGGUCCUCCUGCUGUCUGCAGCAGCCUGGGGUUCAAUGACAGCUUUCACCCCAAUCCUGGCCCACUUCUGCUCCCAGCCGAUCCUCUCUAUGACACUAGCUCGCUUCCUCAUGGGCCUACUGCAAGGAGUUCAUUACCCCUCUCUUGCAAGUCUGUGCUCACAAAAGGUGGUGGAAAGCGAAAGAGGCUUCCUCAUGAGCACCGUGGGUAGUGGCUCCUAUCUGGGCACUCUGGUAAUUGGGGGGGCAGGCUCCCUCAUGUUGGACCUUUAUGGCUGGCAGAGUGUUUUCUAUGUUUCUGGACUUCUUUCAGUCUUGUGGGCCUACUGCAUGUGGAAAUAUCUACUCAAAGGAGAAGGGCCUAUAAUCACCCUAGAGUCCCUGGGCAGCAGUGGAGCCCAGUCCAAACUGACCAAAAGACAUUGGUUACGGCUCUUAAAACAACCUGCUGUCUGUGCCGUAAUAGUGACGCACCUCUGCACGGCGAGCACCUUCUUCACUCUUUUGUCAUGGUUGCCAACAUUCUUUAAAGACACAUUCCCCGAUGCCAAGGGCUGGGUGUUCAAUGUCAUUCCUUGGUUAGUGGCCAUACCGUCAUCCCUCUUUAGUGGCUGUCUCUCUGACCACCUCAUCAGUCAAGGCUUCGAUACGGCAUCAGUGAGGAAGUUGAUGCAGUUUUUCUCCAUGGGUGUGUCCAGUGUGUUUACCCUUCUUCUGUGUGGCACAACUACCUUCCCCUGGGCUGUAGCAUUUGUGUCUGCCACCAUGGGCCUCACCACCUUCAGUCACAGUGGUGUUUCUGUAAAUGUUCAAGAUCUUGCUCCGUCCUGUGCUGGCGCUUUAUUCGGUGUUAUGAAUACAUGCGGUGCUUUCUCAGGGGUCUUAAUGGUGUACUUCUCGGGGUAUCUCAUUGAGGCGACAGGCUCAUGGGCUUCUGUGUUUGCCCUCAUCACCACGGUCAACCUGCUUGGCCUCUGUACCUUCCUGGCAUUCGCUGAGGCACGCCGGGUUGACAUUGACUCUACUAAGGUCCGCCACCACAACAUACACAUCUAAAUCGUCAGUUAUUGGAGGGACCUGAAUGUGACCUCGGGCAAACAGCAGCUGCAAUAUUAUCCAGUUUAUAGAUGAAACUGCACACAACAAUUAUGAAAAGUUUGAUUGGCUCUGUGGUUGUUUGACUGCAACAGCAGCACACAGCAGAGCCUGCACAAUGUUACUGAAAAGUCUUGUCGGGCUUUAACCUUGGAUCCUGGAAAGAAGACAACUGUGUUAAAGGGUGCUGUGCUAGUUAAGGAAGAACGUGGAAGUAGGAAAGACUACACUACCUCCAGGCUCCAUGGAAAAUAGUUUACACUUAACAUGUGUACAGACUGUGUUACUUAGGAAUAAGAAAAUCAAACAGAUUGUUAACUGAAAGCCAUAGCCCCCUGCUUUGCUGUGUUUGUGCCGAAGGAACUAUGAGAGUGAUGGAUGUGUCACUCUCCAGAGUGAGAGCUGUGACAGACCGAGGUGGUUUGUUUUUGCCCUGCAGGGAUGGGUUAGGCGGUGUGGAUGACACAGGGACAGCCCAGUCUCUCAUACCUGAAGUCUUUUAUUAGUACGCCUCACUCAGCCGUCACUGAGAGAUCUGAGUGACACCUCAUUACCCAGCCACUAAUUACUUUAAAGGCGGUUUAAUGUCCUACACAAUUUACCUUCUGUGGUUCGAGUCACCGAGAGCUUUAUGGCAGCAAGGAUUUGCCUAAGUGCGCUCUCGCUGAUCGUUGUCUCAAAGGGUUUGUUUUAAGUUGAAAGACCAAAGGUUAAUAAUUAAUUUAAUUAAUUGUAUUUUCAUUAUUUGUAAUUGCAUGUAAUAGAAAUACCUCACCUAAUUGCUUUGAGUAAUUUUAUAUUUAUAUGGAUAGAGUUUCAAAAACUUUUUUUAAUUGUUCUAAAUAGAUAGGUUAGAUGACAAACAACAAAUAUAUCUAAAUAAUCACCAGUGUGAUAUCAUAAUGAUGUAAAAACAACACAUGCAGACAACACGAUUCUUCAAGAAGAAACUUUUUUAGGUUGCAUUAUUAUCGCACUUAAUACGUUUGUUACUUAGGCACUAGACAGCAAGUGAUAUCAGUAUUUGGGAGGGCAUCCAUUAACUUUUCAUGAUGGGCAGUGCGAGCUGUCACUAAGGCAGUUUGAAAUAGUCUCCAAGUUACACAGUGACGUGAUGAAUGUUAGGGGACAGGCGAGAUAACGAUAAAUUAUCAGAUUCAGUACAAUCGAACUGGAAACCUAUGUAGCAAUGUAAAACUAGCUGCAUAACUCUGUCUGAAGGUUUAGGUAAAUGUAAUGUUUAUCUUUGGCGUUCACAGUUUUACAAGUUCUGUUUUCAUGUUAGGCCCAGAUGCUUAUUUGAUACCUUAAAUCUAUGCAUUUAUUAUUUCGUGCCUCAGUUGAGCAACAAGAAAACUGCAAGACAUGCACCUUUGUGGUAACAAAGUGUCAAUUGCUGAUUGCUGUACAUUGCUGAUAGUUGCCUUAUUUGUUGGAUUUUUGUUGCCUCUUUGUCUUUUGUUACUGUUAUUUGCAUACAAAUCCACAUUGGUUUAUGUUUUCUAGGAUUUUAUUCCAUGUAUACUUAGGUAGAAUAUGAAGUGCAUUUCUGAUGUUGGCAUUGUCACUUGUUACAAAAAAGGAUGAAGUCAUUGGAUUUAUUUAAAGUUUAGCUCUCUGUCUUUCAGAGUAAAAAUGAACUUUUCUUUACCUAUUUAUUUUUGUGUUUGAUAGAAAAAAAUAUAAUCCUAAGUAGCCAUAAAUUAUGAUUACCGUUUAAAAAACUCUUAUCUAAAAUCGAGUAUCUUUCCCCAAAUCUCUUAAAAUUCUGUUCCAACACUAUGUUUUUAGUGUGGCCGUACACAGAGUGUGUUUUGCUUGAUCAUCAUAAUUAAUGUUGGUCCAUGUUCAACAUUGUAAGUGACUGGUCACAUUUUUAUGAUGUCACGAUUUUGCAACAUGCAAAAAAACCCUGCCCAUGUCCACUAAAGAAGGUUAGGGUGUGAUUUUGGGCUGGGGUUAGUGUUACGGGGCUAUAGUUAUGGUUAUGAGCUUGUGAUGACAUCACAACAACAACACAAAUGCGGGGACAUCAGAUCACGCUUGUGUUUGUGUCUUACAUAAGACUACUGUACAAAACAAUCACUCUUCAAUAGUUUUUUUUUCUUAUGCUGGAUCUCACAGAUGCUUGCACUGCACUAUUUACAAAUGCCCGCAUGCCUUUUUUUUGUUAUGUUCACAUCUUGAAAAUGUAAACCUUUUACAUUAUAAAUAGUUUUCGCCAACAUAUCUUACUACAGGUUGCUGAAAGCCUUCUGACAAAUAGUUUUUGAUAACCUGUAAUGUACACGUUAGAUAGAAUAAUACAAUAAUGCAAGAAAAUGCAGUAUUCUAAUGUGUUUCAGAUAUACUGUAUUUAAAAGCUCCUGAGUUUGAAUAAAAAAAAUAUAUUUUUGUCAA